AGUCUAAGGCAUAGAGUGUAUCAUGUUGAAGAUGAGUGGGUGGCAGCGACAGAGCCAAAAUCAGAGCCGGAACCUGAGGAUAGAGUGUUCCAGAAGGAAGUGUAUCUUCAUACAUCACCACACCUGAAAGCAGAGCCUGAUCCAGCCACAGAGAUGGCAGCUGAGUCACUGCCUUUCUCCUUUGGGACACUGUCCAGCUG